AUGGACGAAUUCUAUAACUUCCGGUGGCCGGACCCCAUGGAUCCAAACAGUCAGGCGGAAAUCAUCAGGUCUAUCCCGAUCGAACACCGACUUCCCGGCAACGAAGAUACAUCCACCGUAACAUCAAUAUCGGUUCCCGCUCUUCUUUCCUUCUACGGUUUCCUUCACCGCUCACACGUUUCCUCCGUGGAUGCUGCCGAUGCGCAGAUCCAGGCGCUGACCGAGCGCCUAAAGGAAGCAGAGGAGCUCACACAGUUGAUGCGUAAUUACUUCGAGGAAAAGGAGAAGAAAGAAGAGUUGUACGAGUUACGCAAAGAAAGCCAAGCGAAUGCAGAUUCGUGGCGCGUGCACUCAACGCUGUGGCACGAGCGGUUCAAGAAACUCCGUUGUUGGUGCCACUGCCAGCCGAUCGAGAACGAUCCUCAUCUCGACAAUCUCAACUAUGAUCUUCUGGGUGUCCCUUACGAGAAUCUCUGUGUCUCCUGCACCAGAGCAACAGACGAUAUACGCCUCGACAAGGUGCUCAAGUUCAUGCGCUCCGAGCCCCCCGCCUGGUUCGAGAGGUGGUGGCACUUCCAGGUCGGUGAUUCGACAUGGGUUUUUCCUCCGGUGGAUGGCGUCUACGGCGUCAGCUGGAAGGACUUCGAGGAGGUUUACUACAAGAGCUAUAUUUCCGCUUCGGAUCCUCAUCAGAAGUUGCCUCCGAUAUCCACAGCGUCUGGACUUGGAAAUCAGCAAGUGAGCCCGAAACUCACAGGCAACACGGGAACCCCUACCACACCUGCGAUGCCUACCACCAAAGACAAAGAGACCGACGUCAAUACCAAGUCCGCUAAAAGCCGUUGUCCCAGGCCUAAGCACCGGGCGCGGGCUCGCGAAUAUGCAGAGGCUCGAGCGUAG